GACCGCGCGCGCGGCGCUUCCUGCCGAGCCUUGCAAUGGCCUUUGGGAGCGGGGCAGCCCCGCCUGGCUUUUCCCCGCCCCUCUUCCUCCUCCUCCUCCCCCUCCUGCUCCCUCCCUCCCGCUUCCUGCUGCUGCUGGUGGAGGCCGAGGGAGAAGGUGGCGGCGGAGGCGAGGGCCCUGAAGCCGAGGAAGCGCAGCAGCCGCAGCAAGAAGGACGACGACGCCGCCCCCUCCUCCUCCACCCUCGCUGCUUUCUUUUCUCUCCGGGGUUUGCUUCCACCAUGUCCUCCUCCUCCUCUUCCCGCAACAGCGGCGUGGGGCCCCUCCACCCCAGCCAGAGCCGCGCCAUCCCCACCCGGACGGUGCCCAUCAGCGACUCCUCGCAGCUACCUCACGACUACUGCACCACGCCCGGGGGGACCCUCUUCUCCACCACGCCCGGAGGUACCCGAAUCAUCUAUGACCGCAAGUUUCUGUUAGAUCGUCGCAAUUCUCCAAUGGCACAAACCCCUCCGUGCCACCUUCCAAAUAUCCCAGGAGUUACCAGCCCUGGUUCCAUGACUGAGGAUUCCAAAGUGGAAGUAAACAACCUGAACAAUCAUGAUGGAAAGGCUAUAAUUGGUGAUGAUGCUCAGUUUGAGAUGGACAUCUGAUCUUCCUUGAAGGUAACCAUGGAAAGACAGCAACUCCUGAUCACCUGUGCACAUCUGAUUUGGCCAACAGGAUCAAUAACGUGAAGAGUGGUGGAAGAAGAAGAAGAAGAAGCUGUUUCCACUCGAGUCCUCACUUCAUCUUUGGAAGUGCCAAAGGAUAAAGGGACUGUUCCCCUCCCUGAUUCCCAUUAGCCAUACCAUGCUUUCCCUGUUUCCUCUGCUUCCCUCCAAUUCCCUCCUCUUUUUUUUUUUCUAUCUCCUCCCUGGUCUGUGAUUGAUUCAAGCCUGUGAUAAAUUUAUACAGCUGAGGAACAUACCUUGGCUUCUCGCACUUUAAAGGCAACUUAUCAAAUCAUACACAUGCGAGAACUUAAGAUGCCCAUCAACAAUUUGGUAUUUAUUGCAAAACACAAAGGGCCACGGGAGGGAGGGGUGGAUUUAUGCUUGAAGGGACAUGACAUUGUCGUUCUCCUCCCCUUCAUCUACUGAUAACUUGAUACCAAUUUUUUUUUCUGUGUACCUUUUAUUGGUGUGCAGAAUGCACUCCCUUUGGUUCUAAGCCGCCUUUAAAACUUUUUUUUUUUUUUAGUACACAAAUCUUUACAUAUGGGCACAUCAUAUGGUGGGGGUUUUGUCCCCUAGAACAGCAUUGCUGACCUUAAUAAAUUCCUGUAACUUUAGAACAGACGGACAAUUUGAAAAGCAUUACUCUAGGAUAUAUCCAUUUUCUUUUCCAUUUCAUCUCAUCCCAAAGAUUGCCGCAUAGAUCAUGCCAUUUUUCAGUUUCCUUGUUUCCAUCAGUGUUAAAUAGGAACCACAUUUUUGUUCUGAUAUAACCUUGGGAAUACCAUGCUUGAUGGUCCUCAGUCUGUUGUUUUUUUUCUCUUUCCAUAUUUGCUGCUGUUUAAUUUCUGCUGGUUUCUUUGCAAGUCUAUUAUUGUGCCAAAAGGAUUAAUUGAAAUAACCUGGCUAUGCUUGACUAAGAUGGGCUUGGCAAGAGUCUGAUGCUCUUGGGAAAGUCCUGUGUAGACUUGGGCCUCGCUAACAAUUACUUGUCUGCAUUGCGAAUUUCAUGAUGCGUGACUUCAGUAGAUGUGGACAACCAAAUAGUAGGCAGUUAUUUCCUGCUGUCCUCUG